CAAGACUUCACAGGGCUGGCUUCUCCCGCGGUUUGGGAAGAGAAACGAACGAUGUUCUGCCUGUGGUCCAACCAGACGGGGCCGGGUUGUAAUGAGACUGUUUUUGGUGGUGUCGACAGUAUACGAAUACGCAAGACGAAGACCCCUUUGACGUUUUGAUGGGCCUGCCGGCUUCCUUUAAAGAGAUACUAAGAUGCCCCUUUGCUGUUCUCCUGACGGGAAAGACGGCCCAGCAAUGCCGCUACAUGCUUUAAGAUGGCUUCAGCAACUAUCGACACGCAUAUUUUACAACCUGAAGUAAGGCAAAAAUGGUCUAACGAGACAGUUCUCCCGUCUGGCACGCUGCCGGCUUUCUUUUCGGGCUGGUCAACAUGGCAAUACAUCGUCACUUUUCUUCUCGGCGUGGUGGUGUACGAUCAGGUGAUGUAUCUCAAAAGAAAAGGCUCGAUUGCCGGACCUACGUUCAAGAUCCCCCUCAUGGGACCCUUCAUCCAGGCUUUGCACCCCAAGUUCGAGGAAUACCUUGCGCAAUGGGCGAGCGGUCCUCUGAGUUGCGUAUCUAUCGGAUUGGAAGUCCAAUUCGACCUCGAGGCAAGGGGCCCGCGCAAGGGCCACUUACAGACCAUACUUACAAGAUCUACGGUCUACCUAACCUCCAGUUAGAACCUCCUUUUUAUACCUUAUAUAGAAGUUAAAUAUAUAUAGAUUUUGACCUUUUCGUCACCUAUAGUUCGAAC